UCGCCUUUCAGCUGUUCCCCUACGCACAACGCCCAAGGCCAAAUAUUGCCACAGUGUCUACAUGCGGGAGCACUUCAUCCGCCUGAUGGAUCCCAACAAGCCCAAAGGUCGCACGCUCUUCUUACUCAACGUGCCGCCCUACGUGACAGAAGAAAGCCUCAAGACAGUCUUCGCCCAGGCGGGUACCAUAGAGGCCGUGGAGUUUGCUGCCAAGCCGGGAAAGGAUGAGACCAUCAAGUGGUACGAGGGCACGGGUGAACCAUUCUCCAACAACCGCCCGCCUUUCGUCUUCAAGGUGGCCUACAUAGUGUUUCAGAAGAGUAGCAGCAUUGGCAAGGCUUUGGCUUUUAAGAGCAUCGACCUUUUCAACAGCAGCGGCGAGUGCAUCCUUAAAACCGGCAUGGAACUCUGGCACGAGGAGUACGAAGGCAACUACCUUCUGAAGGCCCAGAAGGCGAAACUAGAGGUCAGCAAGUAUAUGGCCGCAUAUGACAAGAUGGAGCGAGCUGCGACUGAAGCGGCAAAGACCGGAGAAGCUGAUGCUGACGGAUGGGUCACCGUGGGCAAGGAGGGCCGCAACGCAGGCUUCGAGCAGAAGGCCUCUGUGAUUGGACGCCUGGAACAAAAAGUGGCCAAGGGAAACAAGACCAAGGAACUGAAAAACUUUUAUACCUUCCAGAUACGAGAAAGUAAGAUGCAGAACAUCGUAGAGAUGCGCAAGAAAUUCGAAGAGGAUAAACGAAAGAUCGAGCUGCUCAAGCAGUCGCGCCGCUUCAAACCGUUUUAGUCAGUACGCAUAUGUUAAGCAUCGAAUAAAACUUCUUUAUGAUACCAGAAA